AUGUUUAGUACAAAAAAUCAAAAUCAUAGAAAAACUGCUUCAAGUGCUAAAAGUAAUGAAACCUAAAAAAAAAGUAGUAAUCAAUAUUAAUCCAGAUAUACUAACAUUUAGAUAUUUUAAUAAUUAACAUGUUUGAAAAUGUUAAAAAAAUUAGUAUUAGGAACUUCUUAAUCACUCAAUAAAAAUAAUUCCAAGACAAGAAUAUUUACAGAAGGAAAUGAAAAACAAUUAAAAAUACAUACAUCUGCAUCUCCAAUAAAAAAUAACAACUAUUAAUAAUCAUCAUCACCCCCUAGAAGAAAUACCAGUUCUUAAGUAAAAGCAAUAACUAAAUUACUAAAUAAAAAUAUAAAUCACACAGAAUAUAAAAGAGUAACAAGGGAUUAAAGAAAUCAAAGUGCUGAUUUUUAAUAAUUAUUAGCAUAAUAACAAUUAAGGCAAGAGAAUUAUCUAUUGAAAAAUAAUAGUAAAAAGAAAUUCAAUUCUUAUGGCAAUUUAAAUGAUUAAGUUUAUUUUUCUUAGAAAGGAGACUUAAUGGAAUGUUAAUCGACUGUUUAACUUAUUUAAAAUAAUUUUGAGUAAAAACUGAUAAAUUCAAAAGGCUCAUUUUCUAUGAAACACUUCCCAUCUCCAAUGAACAUAUGUACAUAAUAAAUUACAUUGUAAGAGUUUAAAGACAAAUUAAACAAUUUAAGUAAAGAUAUAAAAUAAAAUAAAAAUAAUAUUUUUGAAGAAUUAUAGAAAACUCAAAAGAAAUAAUAAUAAUAUCGUUAUGAUAAAUAUGAUUAUUAAGAGAGUGAAAAGUAAAUUAGAUAAGAGAUUUCUUAAAGAAGCAAAUCAGUUGAUUCUUAAUCAUCAAGAUCUAGAUUGGAGAUUUUGAAAUAUUCAAAGGAUUAUUUAAAUUAGAAGAAAAUAAAAUAGUAAUAAAAUAUAAAAGAGGAAGAAUUUAUAAUCAAUACCUAAAAUUAUAUAAAUUAGAAAAAGUUGGAAAAUAAAAUUGAUCAAUUAGUUUUUUAAAUGUAAAUAUUAAAGAAAAAAUCUGAAGAAUUAGAAUUAUAAAAUAGAUUUUUAUUUGAAAAUUUAACAUAAUUUUAGAAGGAAUCAGAUUGUAAUGCUGAAGUAUUAAAUAUCAUAUAAUAUAAUAGGAAAGAAAUUUACUUAUGAAUAAGUUGGAUUAGAUGAUAGGAAUGUAAAAAAGAUAGGAAGAGAAUCUUAAUUUUUUUAAGUAAAUAUUUGUCAAAGAUAAUGAUUAAUCUCGAAGAAUAAAAACUGAAUAAUAAUAGUAAUAAUAAUUAUAAGAGGAUAAUAUAUAGUUAAAUUAAAGAACAGAAAUAUUAUCAAAAUAAAGACCAUUUGUCAAGUCAGCUUAUCAAGGACUUGAAUUUAAUGUCUGA